AUGAAUUUUAAUGAAAGUGAUAGUCUACAAAGUAUUCACUUCUGCUAUGAGUCACUGAACAACUCCUGUCAAAAACAUGUCCUUUCAAGUCAUACAUAUGCUAUUGUGUAUACAGUAAUGUGGGCAAUCAUCAUUAUCACUGUAUGUGGAAACUUAAUCGUUAUCAUCUCAAUAUCACACUUCAUUCAGCUUCAUUCACCUACAAACUUCCUUGUAUUCUCACUGGCUGUCACAGAUCUACUUUUAGGGGGUUUUGUAAUGCCACCUAUAGCAGUUCAGUUAAUCGAAACUUGUUGGUAUUUAGGAGAAGCUUUCUACCGUUAUUAUGCUGUGUGCCAUCCUUUAACAUAUAAAAGUAAGAUUACAAUGUCUUUGACCAUAUACUUAAUCUUGUUUUGCUGGAUUCUAUCUGUGGCAGUGGGAUUUCUUAUUGUAUACUUAGAAUUAAACCUAAUAGGGGUUGAAGAUCUAUAUUAUGAGAAGAGCAAAUGUGUUGGGAGCUGCCUCCUCCUGCAAAAUGAAGCAUCAGGUCUUGUAUCCUCUUUGUUCUCCUUUUAUAUCCCUGGUUUUAUUAUGAUAGUUAUUUAUAUAAAAAUCUUCAGUGUAGCACAGAGACAGGCUAGAUCAAUUCAAGAUGCAGCACAAUUUAACCAAACUGCAGAACAAAAGAGAAAUGUAGCAUCAAGAAAAAGAGAAACAAAAGCUGCAAAAACACUAGCAACAGUCGUAGGAGUAUUCUUGCUGUGCUGGUCUCCAUUUUUCUUAUGUAACAUUAUUGAUCCUUUAAUAAACUUUUCAACGCCACCAUUACUCAUUGACAUAUUUGCAUGGUUUGGUUAUAUGAAUUCCACUUUUAAUCCUCUUAUUUAUGGUUUCUUCUACAGCUGGUUUAGAAAGGCUCUCAGAUUAAUUGUGUAUGGCAAAAUCUUUCAGAGUGAUUCAUCCAGAAUGAAAUUAUUUUCAGAUUGA